AUGGCUCUGACUUCGUGGUUGUUGACGGCCCUCGUCGGCCUCGCUGGCUUUGCCAAUGGCCAGGCCUCAACCGACACCAUCACUUGGGGAGGCGACAACUCUCGUGCUGGCUAUCAAACAACUCACAACAUGGACCCCUCCAUCGUGGGGAGCUCCCAAUUCGGCCAGCUCUUCCGCACACUUCUUCCUGGGAACUACGGCGGUUACACGGAGCGAAUCUUCUCACAGCCUCUCGUUUACACCCCAACAGGCGGCGACGGCACACAAUACGUCUACGUUGCGACACAGCAGAAUAAUGUCUACAAACUUAAUGCCAAGACUGGCGAGAUCAUUACUUCUCGCAACCUCCACAUCCCGUUCCUGACAGCUGAUCUCGACGGCUGUGUCGACAUCAACCCUCACGUCGGCAUCACGGCUACAGGUGUCAUCGACCCAACCACCGACACUCUCUACCUGACGUCCAAGACCUACGUCGACCAGACCCAGCCCAAUGUUGCUCAAGGUCGCCCUGCUGGGCGCUACUACAUCCACGCACUGGAUGUGAACGACCUCAGCGAGCGACCCAACUACCCAGUCGAUCUCGAGGGCACCGUGGCGAGGAACAACCCGAUCCGAAGCUUCAACGGCGGUAUUCACCACCAGCGUCCUGGUCUGCUGCACGUCGGCCAGUACAUCUACGCCGGUUUCGCCUCCCACUGCGUCCAGUACAAUUUCACCGGCUGGGUCAUCGGCUGGGACAAGACGACUGGCGCACUCGUUGAACGUUUCGCAACCCAAGGUGACGGUGUUCCCGAGACGGUCCCGGGUGCUGGUAUUUGGAUGUCUGGAGGAGGUCUCGCUUCCGAUGAUGCCGGCUCUCUCUUCUACGCCAGCGGCAACGGCUAUGCGUCUCAGCUGAGCACCAUCCCCGUCAACGGCCGCAACCCGCCCACCGCUCUCGAGGAGGCCGCUGUCCAUAUGAGUAUCGGCGAUGAUGGUAGUCUCAGUGUUACAGACUUCUUCAUGCCUUGGGAGAAGCAGGCUCUGGACGGCGCCGACAAGGACUUGGGAACCAGUCCUCUGCAGAUCCUUCCCAGCACUUUCUCUUGCGGCGACGUUCGUCGUAUCGGUGUUGUGACAGGCAAGAGUGGCAAGACGUACUGGAUCAAUCUGGAUAACAUGGGUGGCUACCGCAAUGGCGCAAAUGGACUGGAUGCCGUCAUUCAGGUCUACCAGAACGACAACUCUGUGUAUGCUGGCGCUGGCGUUUACCCGCUUGAAGGCGGCUACAUCUACAUUAACGUCAUCCAGUACCCCACCAACGUCUUCAAAUUCUCUUGCGAUGCCGGCGUCCCGUCUUUCACCAAGGUCGCGACCAGCCCCAUGAACAACGCCUACAUCCUCGGUGUUAGCCACGGCACCGUUACGUCUCUCAACGGCCAACCUGGCACUGGUCUUCUCUGGACCAUGGAUGUUGAGGGUUCCCAGUUGAAGGUCUUUGAGGCCGUUCCCAAGGACGGCACUCUGAACUUGGUCAAAUCUUUCAGCGUCCCGGGUUCAACCAAGUUUGGUAGAGCUGUUUUUGGUGAUGGUAUCUUGUACCAGGGCACCACGCUGGGCUAUCUGUAUGCCUUCGGCUCACCCGUCACGACACCUAUCGACUGCACUUCUCCGAACGAAUUCGGCACGGUCGACGUCGGCUCGGAAAGUGAGGCUCGCACCAUUACUUGCACGGCAGUCAUUGGCGUCACAGUAUCCGACAUCGGUUUGGAUGAGACCCAGGAUUUCGAAAUCAAGAGCGCCGCGACUCUGCCCUUGACCCUCACUGUCGGUCAAACCUUCACUGUCAGCUUGGCUUUCAAGCCUACCACUGUUGGCUUGGUUUCUUCAGACCUCAUCGUCAACACCACCAACUCGGCCGAGGGCUACAGCCAGGGUACUCACGUCAGACUCACGGGAACUGGCCAAAGUGCUGGCCCCUUACUGGCAGUUACUCCCCCGACCAUUUCCUUCCAGGGGGUCAUCGCUGGUUCCGAGGGUAACCCGGACGAGACAGUUCUCUUCACCAACCAGGGCAACUCGGCGCUGUCAAUCACCGAUGUCCAGUUCUCCACGACAAGUGCCCAGGGGCCUUGGACAACCUGGAACAGAGAGACUGCUACCCUCACCGUCGGGAAGUUUACUCUUUCCAACAUUCCAGCGAGCAUCCCAGCCAACACUGGUGUCACGGUCCGCAUCACGUUUGACUCUUCCGUAAGCGGCGAUUUCGGGGCUUACCUCAAGGUCAACUCGGAUGGUGGCAGCAAGGCCUUCACCAUUGCAGGUUCCGCCGGCCCUGCUCCUGUGGCACUGAUCGAAUUCCAGACGCCAGACGGCACUGGUUGGGUUGAGUACGACCCUAACGUCAACUUCAACUUUGGCAAUGUUACAGAAAACACCUCAAAGUCGCUGAAAUUCCGCGUCACCAACGCUGCUCCGGCUGGAGGCGUCAAGCUCAUCCUGACUGUCUCGAAGCCGCCGUUUGGCAUCCCAGGUAUCGUAUCAGCAGCCAACACAGUCGACCUCGGCGAGGGUACCCAACUUGCCCCUGGCGAGAGUGCUGAUGCGACCAUGAUCUGCGCUGUGCCAAAGACGCAAUGGAACACCGAUUCUUACAAGGGUACGGCUCCUUGGACCAUGAAUACCAAUGACCCCAACUUCGAAAAGCACUUCUUCACUUUCGAGUGCACAGCUGUCGCCGAGCAAGCGCCACCUCUUCUUCCUGACGGCGAUGGCAGAUACCGCUACAUCGGCUGCUACAAGGAGAACAACCCCGGUCGCCAGCUCGCGAACCAGGUCUACGGAAACCCUGCCAGCACCAAUGCUAUGUGUAUUCAGACUUGCGCUGAGAAGAACUACAUCUUCUGCGGCACUCAGUACCACACCGAAUGCUGGGGAGGCCCCAACAUCCCCAUCGAGAAGGUUGAUGAGCGUAAUUGCAACUUCGACUGCGGCGGUGACCUCAACCAGAUUUGCGGUGGUAACGGCUUUGGUGAACUCGAGGGCGGUGCUUUCUUCUCUCUGUUUGCUGACUCUCUUCAAUGGGAUGGCAACACCACGACUCCCACACCCGGAGAACCCGGCACCCCGAACCCCACGGGCCCUGAAGUCAACCCCGGUGUUGGCCAGUAUGUGAGCGAGGGUUGCUACACCGAGGCCACCGACACUCGUGCCCUUCCCAACCUCGUCGAUCUUGAGGACAAGACUGUUGCCAACUGUAUUGCUGCCUGCUCCGGUCGCAAGAACACGUACGCCGGAUUAGAGUAUGGAGGAGAGUGCUGGUGCGGUGAUUCUCUUGGAGUCGGCGCCAUCCCCGCCGCCGCCGCCGACUGUAGUAUGCCUUGCUCUGGCAACAGCAGUGAAUACUGUGGCGGACCGUCCAGACUCAACUUGUACAAGCUCGAUGGCAACUUGCCCGUACCGACUAGCAGUGUCCCGACUGGCACAGAACCUACUGAUACGGCCACUGCCACUGCCACUCCUACUUCGACUGCCCCUCCGGCGAACGAACGUGUCGGCGAUUGGCUUUUCCAAGGCUGCUUCACUGAGGGACAAGGUGUUCGUGCUCUUCCUGCUCGCACCUAUGCCAACGACUCCAUGACUCUCGAGUCUUGCGGCAGCUUCUGUGCAGGCCUGAAGUACUUCGGCACUGAGUACGGUCGCGAGUGUUGGUGUGGCGAAGCCAUUGAUGCCACCUCAGUCGAGGCUCCUCUGACUGACUGCUCUUUCCCUUGCGCUGGCGACAACACCCAAAAGUGCGGUGCUGGAGAUCGUCUUCAAGUCUACAUGUUCUCCCCCGAAGGUGUCUCUACCACCACCGCGGCUGCGACGACGACUGAGGCCUCUUCUACCUUCACUACCUUGUCCAUUCCUUUGAACCGCACCAUUGAGGCUCAGACCUUGGCCACUCCUUCGACCAGCGUGGAGGUUUCUACCACGCUUUCCGUGUCCACUCUGACACCUUCCAACUCGACCUUUACUACCAGUGCUACAUUGUCCGCUACCUCUUCUGGUCCUGUCCUCGAGGAGAUCGAUACUACGUCUAGCGCAGCACCGACCACGACUGCUGCAGUAACCACUUCUGCAUCUUCAAGCUCCUUCCUGGCUGCUCAAAACACCACCGUCGCUGCUACAACGACUUCCUCUUCAACGACUUCCUCCGCAACUCCCACACCAACUGGUCCUGUCAUCGUUCCUGGCAACGAGAACUUCACAUACUACGGCUGCUUCUCGGAGCCUGAAGUUGGCCGCCUUCUCCCCACUCAAGUUCUCAAUGACGGCGACGAGAUGACCAUCAACAAGUGUCUCAGCGCCUGCUACGACAAGACAUACGCCGGUGUCGAGUACGGGCGCGAGUGCUGGUGUGGUGAUGCUCUCAGCCUAGGCGGUGCGGACGACACGCGCGCCGCUGCCAAUGAGACCAGCACUGACUGUUCUUUCAAGUGUCCCGGUAACAGCACACAGCUUUGUGGCGCUGGAUCUAGGAUCAGCUUGUACAUCCUCACCGAAGAGCUUGAAAAGCUUGAGAAGCAGAACGCCACUGCUCCUGUGAGGAGGUGGUGA